AUGAAUUGUACUGUUGGUAACAAUAUAUACCAUACUUAUAUAAAUUAUUUUGUAAAUAAUAUAUAUAAUUCUCUGAGUAGAAACAUAAACUCAAAAAUAAAUAAAUACUAUAACUAUUAUAAAAAAUCAAAAAUUUUUAAAAACAUAAAAUUUUAUUUUAAUUUAUUAACAUUUGAAUCAAAUUAUUGCUGCGACAGUGGACAAAAUAAAUAUUUAUACGAUGGGUACAAUUCAUAUUACUUUAUAAACAUUCCAUUACAAAUAAAAUUUAACAAUUUAAAAAGUCGUUUUAUAAACUACAAUAUAAUAAAUAUACCUAAAAUAAAUCAAUCAGGAGACAUAAUUUUAAAUGGUUAUCUUAGAUUGCCUAUACUAUAUUUACAACUUGCUACCAAUAAUAUUAGCUAUAUUUUCAAUGAAAAAAUAACUAGAACUUAUUUUAUAAAAAUUAAAAAUAAUAUUUAUUUGUAUAUUUAUCUUUACGAUGAUUUUAUUACCGUUUAUAUAAAUUCAUAUAAAAUUAAAAACGAUCUUUUUUCUAUGUAUAAUAACGUAUCUUUUAAAAAUAAAUAUAUAAAUUUUUCUAAAAUAGAUAACGUUAUUUACGUUAUGAAUUUAAAAAAUAACAAUAUAAAAUAUCAUAUAUUUGAUAAAACAAUUAAUAUAAAUAACUUUGUAAACAAUACUAUGUUUAUGGAUAUACUAAGUAUAGUCAAUAAAUUUUUAAAUUUAAAUUUAAAAAAAAAAUUUAUACAAAGCAGUAAUAAUUUAAUAAAUAAAUCUACAAACUCUGUUUUAAAAACUAUAUUUAGACAAUUUACUAAAUCUGUAACCAUAUUCGACAUAGAAAAAUAUUGUGAUAAAUUAUUAUAUAAAAAAAAAAUUUUUAGAUCAUUCAAUAUAGUUUUAUUUAAAGAACAUUUACUUGUUAAUCCAGUUAUACAUUAUACCGAUCAAUUAAAUGUCUUGUCUUAUUUAACAAAUAAAUUCAAAAUAAAUAUAUUUGGAUAUUCUAACUCAUCAAAUGAUAAAUUUAAAGUUAGUACAAAUUUAAGAAAAAUUCAAAGUGAUUAUAUCGGAUUUAUUAAUAUAGUUAACACACCUGACGGUGAUACCUGUGGAUUAAUAUCAAAACUAGCAAAUAACACAAUAUUAGAUAAAUUUAAACUAAAAUUAAUAAAUUGUAAUAAUGAGUAUUUUGAAAAUUUUACAAAAAUAGAUAUAACGUCUAAAAAUCUUUAUAAUAUGACAUCGAAUAAUUUUAUAAAUAUCAAAAAAAACUCCACAUUUAAAGUAAAACAAAUAGAAGUUUUUAAAAAUAAUGAAUUUAAAUUAAUAAAUUUCGAUAAAAAUAAAACUAAUAAAAACUUAAAUGUUUUUAAUACAUUAUCAAUAACUGAACUAAUAAUACCUUUCUUAUUUAAUAAUGACCCAUGUAGAGGCUUAAUGGGAUCAAAAAUGCAUACUCAAGCCUUACCUUUAAUCUAUAACGAACAUCCUUAUGUUAUGACUAAAUAUAACCAUAUGAAUGGACUAUUAUUUAAUAAAUGUAUAACUUCUUUAUGUGAAGGUAUUAUAGUAAGUGUAAACAAUUAUAAAAUUAUAGUUAUGGACGAUAAAAACAGAUAUUUACAUUACUAUUUAUAUCCUUUUAAUGUAUUAGAUUACAAUUCAUUUGUUAGUUAUAAACCUAUAGUAUGGGUUGGAGAAAAAAUAAAUAUAGGUAAAAUUUUAGCUCUUCCUUCAGAUUUAAAACACUCUGAAUUCACUUUAGGUGUUAAUAAUUUACUUAAUUAUAGUUUUUAUAAUGGAUAUGAACACGAAGAUGCUAUAGUUAUAAAUAAAAAUUUAAUUAUUGAGGAUAUUUUAACAUCGAUUUCAUUCGAUGUAUACGAGGAAUAUCUGUCUAUAAAUAAAUUAGAUUAUGUUGAACUUACUCUAAGACAUUUAUUAGAAUAUAAUAGAUAUAAUAGAUAUUUAAUAAAUGAGGUUGGUGUUUCUAGUAAUCAAGAUUACAUGUUAUUUGGUGAUAUAUUAUCUACUAAAAUUAGAUAUGAAUUAUCUUUAAGUAAAAAUAAAAAAUUUUUUAAAGUUUUUAAAUUAAUAUUUAAAGAAAACAAAAAACUUAUUGUUUACACAAAACCAUUAACGAUAAAAAGAGGAGGUGAAGGUAGAUUAAUAAAAUAUGAAAUAUUAGGAUAUAGCAAAUUUAGACAAUUAGAUGCUAUGUACCCGGAAAUAAAUGUAUCAUAUCUUACUUUAAGAUUUUUUAUAUUUAAAAUAGAUAGAAUUAAUAUAGGUGAUAAAUUAUGUGGAAGACAUGGAAAUAAGGGUGUUGUAUCAAAAAUAGUCGAUAAUAUAGAUUUACCAUAUACAUUUAGAGGACUUUGUCCAUAUUCAAUAACAAGUCCUAUAGGUGCUUUAGCUAGAAUUAAUUUAGGACAGUUUUUAGAAGGAUCAUGUGGUUAUUUUGGUUUAAACUUUAAUUGUAGAAUUAAAGCUCCAAUCAACUUGUAUAACUAUCAUUUAUACUCUAACAUGUAUCUUAAAAAUAUUUUUAAUUCAUUAAAUGUUUAUAAUAAUUCUUAUAUAAACUUUUCUAUAGAAAAAUAUUUAAGAGAUUUUAAAACAGGUUAUCAAUUAAAAAAUUUCAAUUUAAUGCUUAUGCCGUAUUUUUUAAAACUAAUGCACACUUCAAAAAGUAAAUUUCAAUAUAGAACUGUAGGUAAAUACAGUAGUUUAACUCAACAACCAGUUAAAGGUAAAAGAGUUAAUGGUAGUCAAAAAUUUGGCGAAAUGGAAGUAUGGGCUUUAGAAUCUCAUGGGUCUGCUUAUACUAUAAGAGAAUUAGGAUACAUAAAAACAAAUGUUAAAUAUUUUAAAAAAUUUGAACACAAAGGCUAUAAAGGUUCUGAAACUUUCAAAGUUUUAACAUUAGAGCUUAAAAAUGUGUUAAUAAAUAUAAAUAGAGUAGAUAAUUAUUCAUAUUUCAAUCAAAAAAUAAAAUAUAAUUAUUAA